CUGUAAUCUUAACCUUUUGUUCAAUACAAGGAAAUAAACAUACUUAGUAUUCGAAAUUCUGAACAAACAGAUGCCAGAUAAAAUUAUGAAGCUUUUCAACUUUAUCUGUUCCUGUUAUCGCUACUUAUUGCUUGGUAACCAUUUGAAGUCUGGGACUUCUUUCCUAAGUGCCGUUUUUUUGUCUUGUAUUUACUGUUCGCUUAUGCAGUGUUAUAAGUUAAUCACUAGAUUGUGAUGUUCAGUAGUUUUUGCAAGAUGUGACAAAAUGGGUAUGUUCUUUUCUUUCAGACGCAGGUCGAUGGAAAAGAACUGGCAAGCGUCCGCUCAAGUGGCUCUUGACGAUACGGAUGCGGAAGAGUUAAAUAAAGGCACACAAGAUUUGUUUGAAUUGCUCGAGAGGCUGCAAAAAAGUCGACUUGAUGACCAAAGAUGUGUUUUACCAUCUUCUUUGCAAUUGCCAAUAUCAGGUGCCGAGUCUCAUCAUGUGGAAGAUCAGCAGCUGACCGCGGAAGUAGCAAGGAGUGACAGUGAUUUGCUGCGAAAGGUUCUUGAGAGUGAUGGACCUUAUCCAAUGAUUCUAUUGCCUCCAUCUGGUGGUUAUCGGUUAGAUGCAGAAGAAAAUGUGCAUGAUUUAGAAAAGAAAACUGAUGAUGCUGUUUCAUCUGAAUUGCCUACUACUAUUCCUAGUUCUUCCACUUUACUUGAAAUUGAUGAAACUGCUACUCUGUACCGCAGACAUUUUUACAAUAUGGAACAUUAUAAUUUUAUUAUGAAUGAUAGCAGUGUCGGCCCUAUAGUCAUGUCUGUUAAAUAUGAAAAGAUAAACUCUCAAGAGCAUCUGCGGAUUAUUUUACGACGAAAGCAUGAUAUAAUCAGUCAUGUGAUUCCUUUAACUUUUGAAAAUGAAUCUCUUCAAGCCCUAAAAAUUGCUAAAAUUUUAUGCGAUGACAUUACAGCAGAAAAAUUCUUUGCUGUGUUAUUUCCUAAGGCUUCUGAGCUUAUUAUGGCUUUUGAUGAACAUGGUUUAGUGAACAAAAUGAAGUUUGGUGUGAUAUAUCAAAAGCCUGGUCAAACAACUGAAGAAGAAAUGUUUGGCAAUGAAGUGCACAGUAAAGCAAUGGAAGAAUUUUUGCAGCUGUUAGGUGAAAAAAUAGAACUAAGAGGAUUUACUGGUUUUAGGGGAGGCUUAGAUACCCAUGAUGGUUUAACUGGUGACUAUGCAUUUUACACACAGUUCCAGGGUGUUGAAAUAAUGUUUCAUGUUUCAACUCUGCUUCCAUAUUCUCGACAUGACCCUCAGCAGCUUCAAAGAAAACGGCAUAUUGGCAAUGAUGUUGUUGCAGUUGUAUUUCAAGAUGAAAAUACACCAUUUAUGCCCAGCAUGAUAGCUUCGCAUUUUCUUCAUACAUUCAUUGUAGUCCAAGUUAUAGAUCCAUUAUCUUCUAAUACCAGGUAUAAAGUGUCAGUUACUUUUAGAGAUGAUGUUCCUGCUUUUGGUCCUCAAUUGCCCAGUUCUCCUGUUUUCAAGAAGUCUGAAGAAUUCAGAGCAUUUUUUUUAACUAAACUCAUCAAUGCUGAAAUAGCAUCUUUAAAAGCCAAGAAAUUUGUUAGUCUUGAAAGGAGGACUAGGAAUUCUCUCCUACAAGCACUUCAUGACAAUCUUCUUGAAAGAACAUUGGACUUUUGUGGAUUUUCUAUUCCAUCUGAUCAUAAUAAAUCUGAAAUUGGUACUAGUUCAGGUUUCUUUGAUUCAGUUAGAAAAGCAUUAAGUGGGCGCAAUCGUAGUCAUUCUGUUGAAUCAAAUUUGGCCCAUGCUACACCAAAACGAUCAUCUUCAAGAGCUAGUAAUAGCAGUUUAACUGGAACCUUAACUGGAGAUACAACACCUUCUACAGUAAGGGCUCAGAGCUCUCAAAUCAUAGAUUCAUCUUCAUUGCAAAGUUCAUUUAAUAGAGAUUCUCCAAAGGAUGAUAUUGAUCCAAGUUAUAGUGGUCAUUUGAGAUUUGGAAAAAGGACAAAUAGCAAUCCUGAAAAUUUUCUGCCAAGUUCAGGCACUUCACCUUCUUUGCAGCCUACAAUGAGUGAGUCAGAUUCCUCCAGCAUGAAUAGUUUGGAACUAGAAAGACCUAUAGCUCCUGAAGAUUCAGACACUGGAAGUAAUACAGAAGUACUAGUUCAAGACAUUUUGCCUGCUGAAGUAUGCGAGCAUGAAAUCACCAAAUUAAAAAUAGAAAAGUUGAAUUUAUUGAAAGAAAUAUCUGUGUGUCAAAUGGAGAUGAAAAGACUGAAAGCUAAUGAAAUAAGGUUGUCAGCAGAAUUGUCAGUCAUGAAGCAAGAAAAUAAGCGAUUAACAGAAGCAUUACUGAGAUUACAAGUUGCACAUGACACGAUUGUGUGAUAGUUUUUUUUUUUUUUUUUAGCUUAAAAAUAUUGACAUGAGUGACCCACUGAAAAUUUUCAGACUGCCUACUAUGCUUACUAUGAUUAGCAUAGUAGCAUAGUUUAUUCUAGCAUUCCUGUUAAUAAUAUCAUGUGUAAAUGUUGUAGUUAUGUAGAGUUUUCUUAUUUUUCACCACGUUUGACAAGCAGAAACUGAAAAAUGCUUUCUAUGUUUAGAGUGCAAUAACUGUAUUUUUUUCAAGUUAAUAUACUGUUAAUUUGUUUGGAAAUGCUGAAAUAUUAGAAAUUGUCUUUUCAGUUACUCAGAUAUUUUGAAGUUCAUAAUGACUUGUUUACAUGUUUCUCUACGCAUAUGCAUUUAAAUGUAGAUAAGUUCACUGGCAGCCAUUUCCUGUUCUUUCCUUGUUAAUUUUAAUUUUUUUCAUCAAAACAUAAUUACUGUAUUUUAUUAAAAUAUGACUAUAGUUGUUAACCUUUUAGAAAAUUUUAUAUUAUCAUACAAGUGUUGAGACACUAAUAUUGUGUUAUGAAAAUUUUAAAUAAUUUUGUUUACUUUUAAAGCUUUUUGUAUGUUAUUUUAUGUGUCAUCCUAGAACCAUAUUUAUAUUUUCUAGAAUGCAGUGUGUCACAGUGAUAGUGAUUUCAUUUUACAUGUUUGAUUAUGUCUUUAAUGUUAAUUUAAAAAAUCAGUUUUUCAUUGAACUUUUUAACCUUUUACUAUCUGAAUUUUUUAUGCGCUUUCGUUUUCUGCCAAACAAUAUAAAAAUAUUUGUAACUUUGUUAAAUAUUGUUAAUAAUUUAGUAUCUGUGGUUAGUACAUUAUAGUUAAUAUUUUGGAUUAGAAUUGGUAAAUUUAUUGUUCAUAUGUAAACGAAAUAUCUUUUCUAAAAUUGGGAAAAUACCAGUCAGUAACUACUAUAUAAAAUUGCAAGGCUGAUUAAUGAAUUAUUAAAAUUGAUAAUAUUCUCUCUUGUUCUUGUGAUGCACACAUUUUGACAACUCUUUGAGGCAUUUGAGCUGUUUUUAAUUGUAAUAAAAAUUGUAGCUUUUGAACUGUUAUACGCAUAUAAAUAUAUGUGUAUAACAGUUGGAUCAACUGUUCUUAUUAAGCUCUAGUUUUGUAUUUCUUUUGUGUGAAUUAACUUUUGCAUAUUCAAGAAGAUUUUGAGUUACUUAAAUUUAAUUGUAAAUACAUGUGUGAUAACCAGUGUUGCUUCUCAGCUGCAUGAGAUUUUUGUGAACUUGCGCAGGUGCUUUUAUUCCUCAAGCACAUAAUGAGAGAUCAAAUACAAGACACCUAUGAUGAUUCAAUUAAUGCACUACACGACUAUAUUUUCUGCUUUAAGGGAAGGAAAAGCUUCUGUAAGAAAAAUUGGAGGCAACAUUGAUUGUAAUUUCAUUGGUUGCAGUUGCUGUCAAAGUUACUUAAACUUUAAAAGAAUUCAUACAGAAUUGUCAAAAAUCACGAGUAGAUCUGAAAAGAAAAAUGGUGUAUGUAGUUUUUUAAAAAGUAUGUUUGUUUACUGAAUAGCAUAUACCAUAAAAAUUAAAAUUAACCAUAUGUAAGCAUGUGUAUAAAAAAUGUGUGGAUUUUUUUUUUAGUCUAUUUGAGGCUUUUAUUGAAUUUUUUGGCUUCCUUGACUGGCAAUGUAUUGCUUUCAGUGUCAAUAAGAAUACAUCGUCUUAUAUUAAUAAUACAAGAAAAGGAAAAUUGAACUAUAUUUGCAUAAUAUUGGCUAUAAUGUCAAUAAUUAUAAGAUUGUAUGGUUGAAAUAAUUUUAUUGCAAAUGAGCUUACUAAAAAACGUGCUUAUACUGAUAAAUGUGACUUUUAGUGUCCAAGCUAUCAGCCUUUCUUCUGGUUUUUUAGUUACACUUCUAUAUGAACAAUGCCCAUUAUUUUUUAAACAUGUUGUUGUUAAGAACAUUACUCAUUAAAAUAACUAGUCAAUAUGCUAUACAUAGUGAUUUAAGUAAGGCUUAUUCUUUUGUUACUAUUUUACUGGUACUCAUUAUUCAGAUUAAUGAUAAUAUUCUUUUAAUUUGUUUUUAUGUGAAGUUUGCACUUAGUAAUGUGCCACUUCUUUGCAAUUACUGAUUAUUUCAUUUGCCACUUAUUAACUUGCCUUUCCAUAUCUAGUCCAGAGAUUAAACCCAUCCAUUUGUAAAGAGGGAAAUGUUACACGACGUAUAUUUAUAAAAAUAUUUAUAGUAUACUAAAGAAGGAUAAUGUAUCUCAGGGAAAGAAGAGAGGAAUUACAUCACUUUGGAAAUUAAAGUGUAAAAAUUUUUAUUUAAUACUGAUAUUCUUACUAGUAUAUUUUUAAAUCUUAGAAAAAUGUAUUUGUUUUCAAGAUAAACAUAAUUGCAUCCAUUUUGAAACUACUUCUGUUACUUUGGAUAUUCUCUGUAUUGACUUAAGGGAGGGAAGAAGAUAUUUUUGUUACAAUAGCAAUUAUUCUAAUAAAAUUUUCUUAAAAUAGCUAACUUUAUAUGGUUCUAUAUAUAUUUCUGUUGUAUUUAUGAAUGUAUUGUAUAAACGUAUAUCUGCUGUUUUCAGAUACAUUCUUCCAAUGUUUUCACUUUUCCAGUGCAAUCUGUAUGUUUCUGUGCAAUCUUACUUAAAAAAUUCUGCACUGUUUUAGUUGUGGAAACUCAUCUUUUGCAGUCUAAAAUUAUAGUUAUGAAGUUACUGUAUUUUAUACUUCUAGUUGCUAUAUUUUAGUUAAUAUUUAUUAUAUGGAGAUUUCAGUUUGGUAACUUAAACUCAUAUAUUUUUUAUUUCAAACUGGUAAGUUUUUAGUCCUUUGAAACUUUGAUUAAUUUAUUUCAUAAUUUGCAUACAUUUCUGAAUUAUCAUAGGUUAUGCAACUUUCAAAAGCCAUUUUUCAUUUAAUAUUAUGCGAGAUGCAAAAUAUGUAAAACUAGUUACUUGCAUCUGAUUUACAUAUGCUAUGUUUAAAAAUAACUUGCAAUUUUAAAUUCAUUUUUGUUUUUCCCCCCCCUAAUGAAAAAUUUUGAUUUUUAGCAUGCAUCUAUAGCACAAAAAUUUAAUGCUCCUGUUGAUUAGAAUUUCAGGUGUUUUAGCUUGAGAGGAAUAGAAACAGUGUUUUUUAGCUCUUGUAUUCAUUGCACCUGAUUCUGUUUUACUUUUCUCUUUUUAACACUGAGCAAGGUAUACAUAUAUAGCAAAAAUGCUUUAUGUGUUGAUAUGGUGCUACACAAGACUAACAGUAGUGUGUAUGAAGCUGAUCAGUUGCACAAUAUUUUCUUUUAAUUCUGUUCAUACUGAAAUACUUUCAGAAUGUUUGCAAAAAAAAAAAAAAAAGAAAA